AUGUCAGUCCUUCUCGGUGCUGCAUCCUUUGCUGUUGGAAUGCUCCCGCUCUUCUUCACAUUCUCCAAGUCGGCCUUGGCAAGAUUGUCGGUCUUCGGCACGGGUCUGCUGCUCGGCGCAGCACUGGGCAUCAUCAUUCCCGAAGGUAUCGAGACACUGGCUGCAGCCAGUCUGCCGUCCGAGUUGCCGACGUCUGCUGUGGCACUCUCCCUCCUAACAGGCUUCACGUUCAUGCUCGUCGUCGAACAGCUGCACUCCACACACGCACACGACACACGUGUUUCCCAGCUUCCCUCCUCGCCGUCUCAUGUGCCCAAGUCUUCUGCCGUCGAAUUCGAAGUCGAGCUGGGGGAGCUAGAGUCCACCGAGGGUAUUGAAUCCCAGGCUGCUCGGACCACUGCGACUACUCAACCCCGAGACAUCUCAGGCAAGACGCGCGCGUAUCCCCUCACACUCGGGCUCGUCAUGCAUGCGCUCGCAGACGGGCUGGCGCUUGGUUCUUCUGCUCUAUCCGACACUUCUUCGGGCUCUGUUGCAUCGGAUUCGGCCGCACCUUCCAACCUCUCUCUUGUCGUCUUUUUUGCUCUCGCAAUCCAUAAAGCUCCGACCGCACUCGCGCUGACAACUUCCCUGCUUUCUACCUCUCUUUCGCGAAAAGAAUGCAAGAAACACAUCGCCGCCUUUAGCGUUGCCACACCCACUGGCACACUUGCAUCAUAUGCAUUUCUUUCUUACCUUGGAGGAAGCGGUGAAAGUCGGUGGGCAGCAGUUGCCCUUCUCUUCUCGGGAGGCACGUUUCUCUACGUCGCCACGGUCCUACGCCCCGUGUCUGUGUACGGGCAGUCGGAAGACCUCGGGGACAAAACCCGAAUCCUGCUCAUCGUUCUUGGAAUGUUCGUCCCGUAUGCUGUUGGCGUCAUCGUGGGCCACGAGCACGAAUAUGGGAGGCAGUAA